UAUUCUGAGCAAUCGAAUAAAAAGCCAAAUAAAGAAAACUUAACAAGUAUCCGAUCGUACUCGUACUAACUCUCAAAUAUUUAAUUUCAAUUUUAUUAUUUUUUCUUCGUUUUGCACACAAUUCUUGUUUGAAAGGCAGUACUUCACGUGCGGAUGUUCGAAGACUGCUCAUCCCAACAGAUGUGUUCCGAGCAUAUUUCUUGACUUCUCGGUUUUCCUUGCAAAUUUUUCCUCUGGUCAGCCUCGAUUCUACAACAAAACACAGAAACAAAAUUAAUUUCUUUCUGUUACGGAUAAUCGAGCCCCGGAUCAUCGAAUUAGCAAGAAUAUCUUGCUUAUAAAUACACGUUCAUCCUCGAACAGAAUGGCUCGUGGACAACAAAAGAUUCAGUCACAAGCUAAGGCAGCCGAGAAGGCUGCAAAAGUAAAAAAGCAACAAGGACAUAGUGCUAAUGAACAAAAAAAGGCUGCACAGAAAGCUUUAGUACAUGUGUGCAUAGUUUGUAAGGCACAAAUGCCAGAUCCAAAGACAUACAAACAACACUUUGAAAACAAACAUCCUAAGAAUGACUUACCAGAAGACUUAAAGAAUAUAUGAGAGUGAGAUGUUGCGUAAGGAUACAGGUUGGGAUGGAGCAAGAGCAACAAAAAAAUUACUACAAAUGACAAAGUGAUAUAGUUCAACGUUCAACUAAUCAUUAAAUAGUCUCAUACAAAAAAAUAAAUUAAACCUUGUUAGUGUUUAAAAUGAACUAUUGCACAGUUAACAAUUGAAUUUUUGUGCACAGUCCAAAAUUGUACCAUAAUUGGUAUUCACUUGCAAAACUAAAUUUUCUAAUUUUCUUCCAAUGAUAUUCAGUAAUGUUCAUCAAACACGUGAUUACUAAAUUUUCACUUGAUUAAAACAUGUAUAUUGCUAAUAAAUAAAGUUAAUCGAUUUAGUAGAAUGAUUACGAAUGUUCAUGCAUACUUUAAUGUUACAAGCAGUGAAAGAUUAUUUGUUGCAUUGGCUUCUUUAACUUAAAAAUAAUUAACGUCUAUGUCUCGCAUUCAGAAUAGAAUAGAAUCAAAGAAUUAAAUGUAAAAGGAAAUAUUUUAUCUGCGAGGAACAAGAAACUGCCAUUUUACAGUGUUUCUGCCAAUUAGUCUACCAAUAAAAGUAUUGUAUCCGUAAUAUCUUUGACACAUAACUUUUUCUAUGAAUGAUCAUUAAGUUUUCAUACAUUCAAGCCUAAUUUUCAUUAAAAAAAUAAAUUAUGUUUUACGCAGAUAAUAUUAAGACGGAAUUUACUAAAUAUUAGUUUUUUUACAAGACUAAAUUUUAGCAUUUAGUACUUAAAUUCUUUACUGUUUCAUACUGAGAAUAAUCGAUUCAAUGGACUCUCCUCUCUGCAUUGUAGGAUUUGUUUUUUGUUUCGUAAAUGUUUCUGUCUGGCACUAUAUAUUUGCUAUUAUGCACUAAAAAGAAAA